CGCGUUGACAUCUAGGAAGUUUAUCGCAAGAUGUCGGGGGAUGUUUUGUGCGACGAGCCGCUGAUAUGCUCGCGGACGAAAUGACUUGCUUGUCGUGGCGCACAUCUACCAAAUUCCGGCCUAAGUUAAAUCUCAAAGUGUUGUAAGCACACCACACCGCCGGUGGUGUCGAGCCAGAUAUCGUCCAGUCGUCUAUCGCCGCCGACGCCGACGCUGAAACGGAAAGAACGACGAGACGUGGGCUAAACGGAGGCGCGAGGACUGUGCCAGUGUGUGUGUAUGUAUGUGCGUGCGCGCGUACUACUGCCAGGACCUGAGAUAUUUGGAACUCGGAUUUUGCUUUUUUUUCCGGUGAACUAAGUAAGCGAAUAAUUCUUUAAUUGUUCGCUGAAGAGACGGACAAAUAGAUAGAAAAAAAAUAAAGAGAAAUUGCGUGCGGACACGUGGUGACAAUUUCGAAUCUUAGCUGGGAUGGGAGCCAAGGCAAGUACUGUAACACAAUCAGCUGGUGGCAACGGUCAGUCCUCCACUGGGGCUAAUGAGACCACGAUGGGUUUCUCCAUGCUCCGCUCCCUGCCUGGUGGUAUGGGCAUGCUGCAACAUCAGCACCAACAGGCUAAUCAAUCGCAGAACUCACGUGUAUCAGGUGACAGUAGACAACGUGCAAGGUCUUUGAGUUCCGUGCCGGACCUUUCUUCAGCAGAGCAGGCUGGUCUUUCUACUUCGGUAGGGGUAGGAGUCCCCCUCGGUCAAGCCCUUGGCUUGCCACAAGAUUCUGAUGUGGAUACAGAUGAGGAAAGCAGUCGUGUUUAUGCCGCUCAUAGCUUGCCUUCACAUAUUUGGUCCCUUAACGGUCUAAAGUGUCCUGUAUGCUCCAAGUUUAUUCUACCGGAUGAUAUAGAAUGUCACCUGGUCAUGUGCCUGACCAAACCACGGCUCAGUUAUAAUGAGGAUGUGCUAACUGAUGGAAAAGGUGAAUGUGUCAUUUGUCUUGAGGAGUUACAAUCUGGUGAUCUUAUAGCCCGCUUGCCCUGUCUCUGUAUAUAUCACAAAAACUGCAUUGAUAAGUGGUUUCAAGUAAAUCGUAGCUGCCCUGAACAUCCUGGAGAUUGAUUUGUAGCCGCUGAACUUGGUGAAGCACAAUGGAAUACGUUGCUGGUCCAGAGGACAUUCACGUCAAUGGGAUUAAGAUGGCAGGAAACGACAGAAAUUUAAAAAAGAGCUAGUCAAGGUGGCUGCUAGUCCGCAUUGGUGAUUGGUGCGUGCGGUGAAUUGUUCGACUGAACAAAACUCACUCAUCAAAUCGAACAUAUGGAAACACAUGUUUAAUUCAAUCCUCAACUUUAUUACUGUUAAGCGGGGGACUUAAAUAACAGAAAUCGCCAUAAGAUUCAACGAUACAUGCUAUACGUAUCUAUAUAAUUAAUCUAUUAUUGCUCUAUCGCUUACUAUAAAUUGUACCAUAUUUAUAAAUUUUACUUAGUUUACAACUUGAACUCGAUUUAGCGCUUAAGCAGGACAAUUUAUUAUUAUCAAUGAUAAUUUUUUUCCUUUCUUAUUCUUUUUAUGUUUUUUCUUUUUUUGGAAAAAGGGGACAGAACGAAUCUUAGUCAAGGAGACCUGCAUAGGAGCAGGUGAGCUCUACCUUAAAUAAGUUAGUUAUAUUAUUGAUUUUUAGUAUCCAGACGAUAUAUCGUAAUUUUCGUUAUCUGUUGGGGGAUGAGUGCUAGAAAGGAUAUUUUUGAUACUUUCAUAAAAGGGAGAGCCAGAAUGUAUAAGAGUUUCAAACACUGGAGAUGACGACGUAAAGCUGUUAAUGCUGUAGUAACAAUAAAGGUUCUGAUUUAACCUUCCUUACUGAGAUUCAUACUAAUGUGAUAAUCUCUUUUGUUGUUAUUAGAGAGAAUUGACACACUCCGUGUUACUGAGAUGUACAGUCUAUUGUCGAUUACUAAGGAUUACCUACUGUAUAAUUAAUCUCUUUUGUAUAUGAGUAAGGAUUGACAUAACCAGCAGGAGUAGUUUUUGUAAUACGAACAAUCAAAGUCUAUCAUUGUUCCAGUAAUAUACACACACCAUAUAUGUUUGGCUCGGACUUGUAUUUGCGUGAGGAAAACGAAACUAAUAAAGCAAUGAGAAUAUGAAAAAAAAAAAA